AUGCCGAGAGGUGUGAGGAAGCAGUAUAAGAUGCACAAGGGCUGCUUUGCUCUUGAAUAUGCUCGAGGAUGGAUUCCCCUCAUGUUGCCAUUCGGCUUUGCUGAUGCGAUCAUUUCCACGAUGGACUACAUAAGUGUAUACGACACCGUUCGCGCGACGGGCUGGGAGAUGAUCAAUAAUUUGUUCAUUGGCAAGAUAUGA